AUAUUUCCCUCUGAAAUGUGGUUGAGUGAGAAGCAUUACACUACAUAAAAUGGAAAUAAUUAACUAAAGUACAAAUAGGUCAUAUAAUGCUUAGGUAAACAAGAUGUGCUCUGUUACUUUCCACGUCUGGAGGAGACUUUUACUGCUGCUCAGAUUCUUGAGAUGUCAGCUCAUCUCCGACACUCAGUACUCGGAUGAACGGGCUUCAGAGGAGUCCCUGAAGGCAUCGCCGGCCCUGGCAGUGAUCGUUGAGCUCCCGGGAGACUCCACCGAGAGGGAAUGAGAUGAAAUAGGACUUCAGACCGGAUCAUGGCGGCGCCUGUCGGGCGGGACACCUUACCUGAACACUGGUCUUACGGUGUGUGCAGGGACGGCAGGGUCUUCUUCAUCAACGAUGAGGCGCGGACCACCACCUGGCUCCAUCCCCGCUCCGGUGAACCGGUAAACUCCGGACACAUGAUCCGCUCAGACCUGCCGCAGGGAUGGGAGGAAGGAUUUACGGACGAAGGGGCCAGCUACUUCAUCAAUCAUAACCAGAGGGCCACAGCGUUUCGCCAUCCUGUGACUGGGCAGAUUUCUCAAGAGAACGUGGAUUUUAUCCUGCAAGAACAGCUGCAGGGUGCUCGCAUGAUGUCCAAACCCGGAGGUGAGCAGCUCUCCAGCACCACCGUCAGCGAGGCCUCCACUGCCAUCACCUCUUCCACUGUGGACACCACUUCUGCCUCCAAGGGCUCCCGCUCCAGUGGCAAGGUACACAACUUCGGGAAGAGAGAGCAGGCCAUUAAGAGGAACCCUAACGUCCCCGUCGUGGUCCGGGGAUGGCUGUACAAACAGGACAGCUCUGGGAUGCGUCUUUGGAAGAGGAAGUGGUUCGUCUUGGCAGAUUUCUGUCUGUUCUACUACAAAGACAGCAGAGAGGAAUCGGUCCUAGGCAGUAUUCCUCUGCCCAGCUAUGUCAUUUCACCCGUGGGACCCGAGGACCACAUCAGCCGCAAGUAUGCCUUUAAGGCUAACCACACUGGUAUGCGCUCGUACAUUUACAAGCAGAGCUCUGUGAUUGGCUCGCAGGCGGAGCACACUGGGAUGCGGACGUAUUACUUCAGCGCAGACACCCAGGAGGACAUGAACACCUGGCUGAGGGCCAUGAACCAGGCUGCACGGAUGCAGAACCACAGUGACGCUCUGAUCAGCCCAUGUGACAAGUUAGAGAACUUUAACAUAAUGCAGCAACAGACAGUCUCACAGACGAACCACAUCAACCACCACAAGACCAAGACUGCGGACUCUGAUGGCACAAGACCCAUCAUCCACGAGGUUCUCCUGGAGCCCAUACACCGCGACGCAGAGGAGCGCUGCAGCUUCCACAAAGAAUCUCCUGCUACAAACAUGUUGGAGCAUCCCAUGGGAAGCAGCACCCUGGAAACAGACACACAUACUUCCCUGCCCGCCAACCCUACAGCCUCCGCCCUCCCACAGUCGGACCACAUGUCGGCCUCGGCGCCCGUAUCCAGGGUGCCAUCCCGGGCUCCGUCACGUGCCGCCUCGACACUGCCCUCCAGCGUUUGCACGAGGAACGGCCUGGUCUCCACGCCCAGCCCCAUCCUGGAGCCAAACGGGAUUGCAGCAGGGACGUACCAGAGGGCUCCAGCACCGCCCCCUGCUGACACACAGAAGCAUGUGCAGAGGAGGAGCGCUCUGGAGCAGGUGGAGCAUUGGGUCAAAGUGCAGAAGGCUGACCAGAAAGGUCCCCCAUCCAGAGAGAACACCCUCCCCCGCCGUACACCACCAACCCAGCCCAAGUACACCACCAUGGACGCAUACCAGACCCUGCCAAAGACUCCUCGCCAGAGCCCCCCGCCAGCCCGACUUGGCGAGUACAAGUACGCUCAGGACCGCCUGAGCCACUUCCGCCUCACCCCAGAGCAAGGCGGCCCAGGAUCCAACACUGUCUGGCAGCUGUACGAGUGGCAGCAGCGCCAUCAGUUCCGUCACGGCAGCCCCACAGCGCCGCUCUACACUCCAGCCCCGGAGUACCCUUUCGGCCCCCGGCCCCCAUCCACCGUGCCUCCCUCCUCCUCAGCUCCCAAGUCUGACGGGCCGCCCCGCUGUGUGUCAGUACCACCUUCAUCCGCAGACAUCCCUCCACCCGGGCCCCCGCCAGGCUCCAGCCGAACCCUGUCACCCACGCGGAGGCCGCACACACCUGCUGAACGGGUGACAGUCAGGCCAGUGGGUGACAGGUCAGUGGUGGACAUCCCCUUCACUGUUUCUCCCCGCAGGACCAAAUCUCAGCUGUUCAAGGCGGCUACUAUCGAGAGACGGUCAAUGCCUCCAUCUGGCUACAUCACACACACAGUCAGUGCACCCAGCCUUCAUGGCAAAACGGCUGAUGACACCUACAUGCAGCUGAAGAAGGAUUUGGAGUAUCUGGAUCUGAAGGUAGCUGGAAGUCAGACGCUGAAGGAAUCAGGGAAACCUGUUAAGGUCGCAGAAAGUGAUGUGGAUGUGAAGUUGAGUCGGUUGUGUGAGCAGGACAAGAUCCUGAAGGAUCUGGAAGCGAGGAUCAGCUCCCUGAAGGAGGACAAGGAUAAGCUGGAGAGCGUGCUGGAUGUGUCCCAUCAGCAGAUGGAGCAGUACCAGGAGCAGCCGGCCCACACCCACAAGAUCGCCUACCAGCAGAGGCUGCUACAGGAGGAUCUGGUCACCAUCAGGGCCCAAAUAUCCCGGCUCUCCACGGAGAUGGCACACGCCUGGGAGGAGUACAGCUGGCUGGAGAAAUCAGUAGAGCAGCUGAGGGAGGCACUGCAGGCACACAUGAACCACAGCGCCACCCCUCAGCAAGAGAAAGCUGAGCUGAAGCGCGAGCUGUGGAGGAUCGAGGACGUGAUGGGGGGACUGAGUGCCAGCAAAGCCAACUACAGAAUCACCAUAGACUCCGUCCAGAACCCAGAGAGGAAAUUAGUGCCUUCGGUGUCGGACGCUGCAGUGCCUUCUCAUAGCGCAGAGGUCCAGCCUCCUCCCCGCAGCUCCAUUCCAAGCACCCUCUCCCAUACGUUGCCUCACAGCACCGUGCCAAAGUGGGCAGAGGACAGCGCCCCACCCCGGCCACCGCUGCCUCGUCUCUACGACUACGAGGAGACACCCCCUGUGGUGCCGCCCCUCCCCAAAGAGGCCUCGGUCAUCCGCCACACAUCGGUGCGCGGGCUUAAACGCCAAUCAGAUGAGAGGAAGAGGGACAGGGAGAGCGGGCAAUAUGUUGUCAAUGGAGACUGUAAGACUGACUUGCGGUCGUACCUGAGUGAACCGGAGCUGCCGGCGUUGAGCCACCACAACACUGGGUCUGACGUUGACUACCAGUAUUUCCAGAGCAAAGGUCUGUCAGGCACCUCAUCUCGACUGAACCAGUCCAGCUCCAUCUCAUCCUAUGUCACCCUGAGGAGAGGCCUCGGGAGCUCCGCAGCCAGGGAGAGACCCAAGAGUGCCUUGGAGCGUCUGUCUUCACCUACAGAGGCCGUGCAGCUCCCGAGCAGCCAGGCUCGCGGCAGAAUGAGUGCAGAGGAGCAGCUGGAGCGGAUGAAGCGCCACCAGAAGGCGCUGGUUCGCGAACGCAAGAGGAACCUCAGCCAGGGCGAACGCUCCAGCACGGGCUUCUCCACCUCCACCGCCACCACCCAGCGCUCCUCCUCCUCUUCUAGACUGCCCUCCAGCACCUCCGAUCCUCCGGCCUCCGUGUUUGAUUGGCAGGAGGAGCGACUCGGGGCAGAGGGUCAGAGCGAUGAAGGUUGGAACCAAGUGAAAGAGAGAGGGAGAAUCCAGUCAGAUGAAUGGGUGACAGUAUCCGCCUCACACAUACGAGAGGUGGAUGUGGAGCCUCUGGACUAUGACCUGGAUAUCAGCCGAGAGCUGUCCAAACCUCAGAAAGUUCCCAUCCCAGAGCGCUAUGUGGAAUCUGACCCUGAGGAGCCUCUGAGUCCAGAGGAACUGGAGGAACGCAGCCGCAGGACUGAGCGCAUCAAAAACCUUCUGGCCAAAUCCAGUGUUCAGAACAUUCAGCCGUCUGCACCGCUGGACUUCAGUGAGCUGGACUCAGCUCUACAGCGGCAGGAGAAGAUCAUGAAUGUGUCUCAUGCGCUGGCUUCAGAGGCCUCGCGCAAGAGCAAACUCGUCGCAGGGACUGAGUGGCUGGAGAGUCGGUGAAAUGUCUGGUCCAGGUAUACCCGCCAUUCCCCUUUCGCCAAAGCUGCUGCAGAGCACUGACCCACAGGAAUGACCAGCACCACAAACCUGAGGACCUUCUUUGUGGAGGGGAAGGAUCUAAUCAUUUUUGAGCAGUUGCCAACUAAAUGAUUCACUUGUAACAAAUUCCUUUUAUACGAGUGGGAACAAGAUACACGUUUCUAAAAGAGUGUUGAUUCAUAGUUUUGAAAUAGAAUCCAGUUUUUACUGCUUCUGCACUUACAUUGCACAGUUAAGUAAUAAUUUAUAACACGAGUGAAUUGCUUUUAUCUGCAAAUUAUCUGUUCUGCAGUUUGGUCUGGAUUUAUUUGAGUCAAUAAGAGAAGAGUGGAAUGAAAGUCAAAGCCAAUAUGCUAGAUUACAGUGUGCAGGUUUUGACAUGAAUCAUUUAUUUAUUUCCUUUUUUUUUGAGUGACAUGCUUGUUGACCAAUUUCUACUUUACUUUUUUUCUCAUGUAAUUCAACACUGUCACCCAAUGAUCACAGUCCUAUCAACCAGUAAAAAAUGCAUUAGAAUAUAAUGUGCAAACAAUAUAGUUCAAACACAUGAAAAUGUGCAGUCAUUACAGAAAAUAAAUGCAAGAUAAAACAAGCUAAUUGUUUGGUGUCUGUGUCCUAACACGUUACAGUUAUACACAAAACAUACAGUUAAUCUGAUACUUGCAUUCUUUCGUCCUAACAUAAAGUUGAGAUGCAGUUUUAUCUUUGUAUUAUUUUUUAUCAUCUGUUCUGUUCUGUACAGAUAAAAAACAGACAAUUUUCCUGGGAAGAUAUUCAAACUGCCAGAACACACAAUGACAUAUACUCAUAAACAAUAAAUAAAAGUCUUAUAACAAUGUCCACUCACUUGUUUUUCUCAAAAACUUUUAACCUUAACACAUGACCUUGGAGUUUGCCCAGUUGGCAACUGUGUGUACCAAUAGUGACUCCAGAUAGUGUGUUCCUAAUAUGCUAUUCGGGAUCCAAAUGAAAUAAUUAGCAAUUCCCACUUCCUACCAAUAUGUGACUCCUAACUCCUUAUGCAUGGGUGUCUUUUGCAGGUUGUUUAACCCUAACCCUAGAGGACAAGGUAAGGAACUUGGAUGUCCCUAAAGAGCAAAGGUAACUAGGUGACUACACAUUUCAGCAUGCAGAUGAGAAGCAGCCUAGAGUUCUGAUAGAAAUCCGUGACUUGAUGGGCACAGUUACUGUAGUUGAUAGGAAUUUACUAUUGAUAUAAUUUGAAAUAGCAUGUCAGAAACAAGGCCAUCUGAAAUCCCUUUAUUUUCAGCCUUUAUUUCUUCUAUGUACAUGUUUUA